AGUGCUGCUGGGGCCGGACGCCGGAACUUCUGUUGGUGAAUAUUUACCGGCGGUGGAUCAUACCGGUGAGCUCUAGGUGGGAGGUCAUGGUGACGUCGGUGGUGUCGCCGAGGAAGUGGGUGAAGGAGACGGUGAUCGAGAGCAUCCUCGGCUACGAGAGAUGCUCUUUCUCUUCUUCCUCUUCCUCUGCUUUCUCUUCGCUGUCUCCUUCGCGUGGCUUCGGCCUCGAUGAUGAUCAGGGUGGCGGCUUGGAGCUGCUUCAGAUGGGGGCAGAGCGCACAAAGAACGUCCUCAUCCUGAUGAGCGACACCGGCGGCGGCCACCGGGCGUCCGCUGAGGCGAUCAAGGACGCUUUCCGUUUGGAAUUUGGCGAUCAGUACAGAGUGUUCGUCAAGGACCUCUGGAAAGAACACACGGGCUGGCCGCUGAAUGAUAUGGAGCGAUCGUAUAAGUUCAUGUUGAAGCAUCUACGGCUUUGGAAGGUCGUCUUCCAUGGCAGCUCCCCUCGCUUGGUCCAUUGUCUCUACCUCGCCGCGUUUGCCGCCUAUUAUGCAAAAGAGGUGGAAGAAGGUCUGAUGAAGUACAAGCCAGAUAUUAUCAUUAGCGUUCACCCUCUCAUGCAACACAUUCCCCUUUGGGUGCUCAAAUGGCAGGGCCUCCAUAAGAAGGUGGUUUUCGUCACCGUCAUUACAGAUCUCAACACUUGCCACCCCACAUGGUUUCACACCGGCGUUACAAGGUGCUAUUGCCCAUCAGAGGAGGUCUCAAACAGGGCACUGCUAGAUGGACUAAACCCUUCUCAGAUACGCAUCUUCGGUCUGCCCGUUCGACCAUCCUUCUGUCAUGCUGUUUUCUCUAAGGAUGAAUUAAGGGUGGAACUUGCAAUGGAUCGGCAACUGCCUGCAGUAUUGCUGAUGGGAGGUGGAGAGGGUAUGGGUCCUGUUGAGGAAACAGCAAGAGCACUUGAGGAAGCUCUGUAUGAUGAACAACUUGGCAAGCCCAUAGGGCAGAUUGUCAUAAUUUGUGGCCGGAACCAAGUUCUUGCAUCAAAACUGAAAUCAAUUAAUUGGGAAGUACCGGUGAAGGUCAGGAGCUUUGAGAAGCAGAUGGAGAAAUGGAUGGCAGCUUGUGAUUGCAUUAUCACUAAGGCUGGGCCUGGCACCAUUGCCGAAGCUUUGAUCCGUGGACUACCCAUAAUCCUCAACGAUUUCAUCCCUGGGCAGGAAGUCGGCAACGUGCCUUACGUUGUUGAAAAUGGAGCAGGAGUUUUUUCCAAGUGCCCAAAGCAAACUGCGAAUCUGGUUGCCCGUUGGUUCGGCUCAGACGCUCAUGAGCUCAGAAAGAUGUCCCAAAAUGCACUCAAGCUAGCACAGCCAAAAGCAGUCUUCAACAUUGUUAGAGACAUUGACGAGCUCAUGCACAAACAAGGAAUUCUUUCAAGAAUCAAGUAUUCAUUAGUGCCCACCUCAUUCGCAUGCUUGGCAUGACACAGUUGUGCUAAUGCAUGUUGAGAAGUAUGAAGGCCGAUCUGUACAGCUUAUUUGUAUUCUUUACAGGCUAUCAGUGGCUUCAAUUACUGAAAUAAGCCUUGUUAUUCUUUAGGCAACCGAUUGUGAAGGCCAGUGGCCUGGUUAUUGCAAGGGAUCAAACUGACUCUCCUUGCUCAAUCUCCAUGCCCAGUAGGUUGAUCUUCAUUAUUAUCUUCUGUUGGUUAGUUUUCUCUGUAGUGUAACAGAGGAUCAGGUGUAGUGUUUCAAUUAUUGAUUUUAGAGGCCUGCCCACGUCUUGUUGGUGGAUGUAACAUGGUUGAAAGCUAUGUACAAAAAUUUG